AUGUCACCCCGGCCCUUCGUCAGGAAUUUGACCUUCCAGUCCAACAACCUUGGCAAGGAGGUAACGAUCAUGCUCGCUUGGAGUCCCAGCGUGGAGGGGCUCUACGAGGACGUCUUCCCUAUAGUUUGGAAGGUCACUAAAUUCGGGAAGGAGGGUCCAUACAGGGCUACCGCGACCUACACGUCCCAACUUGCUUUCUCCAGAGCCCAGGUCGAGGGCGGGAAGGUCAUCAGCGCUGCAACCUCCGUCAAUAUCAAUAACGGCGAGAAAACAAUUCUGACAGAAGCCAAUGAUGUUUAUCAUUUCUCUCCCCCUCAGGCGGGAAACCCUGGCAUCCUGCAGGCCCUGAACCACACUGGGUCUAUUCAAGAAAUGGCAGUCGGCUUUGUGAACAGAGGAGACAUUAUGCCCACGCCCGUACUCUACUUCAAGGACGUUGGAGAUAGCAGUCGGGUCACGGCGAAGUACACUCCGGUCCUGCGUGCCUACAUCACGUCUGACUAUGAAGAGACCGCAAUCUUACGAGGUCAAGUCGACACUCCUGCGAUCUGGUCGCAGGACCUCACUGCGCUUGCUCAGAACACGACUUGGAACCUCGCCCGCGACCCGAACACUGGACGUUACACGAUCACCCAUGCUUAA